ACUAUGAAGUUCCCAAGAUAACCCUCGUGUGGAUGCAACUGGAAGCAGAAGCCAGCCGGCAAUUUGGACUGUAUGCAAAAUUAUUGUACAUAAUUGGGGUCAACCGUCCCGUUAAAGUAGUCACUUUCGUAGCUAAAAAGUCUUUCUGUAAGUUGCAACCGAAAACUAGAGCGCACGUUCCAAAAAUAUCACAAUGUUAUGAAAAUACGAGAGAAAAGUGUUAGCCGGGGUUUUCUCUUUUUGUUUUUUUUUUUUUUUCCAUGGCCAGAUUGUAGACACGGAAAUCUGUUGAGGCCAUCAAAGUGAGAGAUUAUGACUCAGUUUUGGCCCAGAAUGGUUAAACUCAACCUUAGGCUCAGAGUUCAGCGUCGCGUUUUGAUUCUGCGACGCUGCAUUCGUUGCUUUUGGGACAGACUUCUCAUGUGCUCCCUAGGUAAGCCUAUAAGGUAUCGAAUGUUAUCAUGUGCAUCCACCCCCGCCGUGUCUUCUCCGCCUUCUGCCACCGUUGACGGCAGUCUUGCAGCACCGAGGAACGUGACGACCCCCGCCUGUCAUCAUAGCCACCAUGAUUAUAAAGACUCGGAUUUGGUUCCCUUGAAGAUCAGUCUCUUGGGUGAUCCUCAAAUUGGAAAGACUAGUUUUCUGGUGAAAUAUAUUGGGGAUGAGAAAGAUGAACAGGAAGACAUUCGAGCGGAAGGACUGAAUUUGAUGGAUAAAACUUUCUUUGUAAAAGGAGCAAGAAUAUAUUACAGCAUCUGGGAAGUUGAUGGAGGUGAGAAAUCUCAGGAUCAUAUUCCUCUGGCUUGCAAAGACUCUGUAGCAAUUCUUUUCAUGUUUGAUCUAACAAGCCGGUGUACUCUAAACAAUAUCAUAAGCUGGUAUCAAGAAGCCAUAAAAUGGAAUCAGACAGCAAUACCGAUUUUGAUAGGAACAAAAUUUGAUGAUUUCAUUCAACUUCCCAUAGAUUUGCAGUGGACAAUCGCUAGUCAGGCAAGAGCAUAUGCAAAGGCCCUGAAUGCGACGCUCUUCUUUUCAAGUGCUACAUACAACAUCAAUGUAAACAAGAUCUUCAAAUUCAUCACAGCAAAACUCUUUGAUCUACCUUGGACGGUUGAACGCAAUCUUACGAUUGGAGAGCCCAUCAUUGAUUUCUAAACUUCAUGUUGUACAUAAACUGUCUAAACUCCUCAGCCAACCGGUCACCAGGGUUGAUGUUUUCAUCGGUCUAGUGAUGAUUCGAGUUGUUUCACUGAGCAGUGGUGGAGAACCCAUAUCUCCACAAUGAAUAACAUUUCAGUUGUGCCACAAUUAUAGAAAAAAAAAAAAA